UUGCAAGCCUUUCGUCGUCUUCUACGAGCCGUUGGAUCCAUGACCCACCCGGAACGUUGAGCCCCCCGAACCUCUAAUAAGAGAUACGUAGUUUCAAAAUUCCCAACUACCCUUGUGAGAAUUUCCAGGAUUUUGCUUUGCUACUGCGUAUUGUGCUACAGUACUCGGGGGGAAUCGAGGGAAUUCUCGUCCUUUGUGUCAUUUCCAAGGCCGGAAAUACCGUUAACCGCGUCGGAAAUGGUGUGGGAUAGCUGGGUUUCUGAAGAUUUUGGUGGAUUUGUGUGUUUUUGCUGGUGGGUGUGAUAGAUUUCUGGAAAACAAACUGAAAUUGGAUGUUUACGCGUCGAGAAAUUGCAUGUGUGAUGGAAUGAGAUUGGUGCUGAGGUGGGUUUGGUUUAACUGAUUCUAGAGAGUGGAGGUUGGGAUGUUUGGAUGAAAAUCUGAGAUGGGUUUUGAUUGGAAUGUGGAGAAUUCAAUAGCUGAGGUUGAAAUUUUGAAAUUGAGUUUGUCUGAGUCUUCAUUUGAAUGAUUGGAGUGGAACAAGUAGAAGAAACCCAAAUACAAAUGAUUUUCUUUUUUCUUUUACUGUGGUGGUUUUGAGAGACUACAGUGUUGUUAGUUUGGAGAGAAGACAUUGAAGAACCCCAAAUUAAAAAAAUUAAAAAAAAUACUUCGUUUUUUUUUUCUUUACUGAGGUUGUUGGGGGAUCUGAGAGAGGUGGUGGUUCUUGAGUUUUUUUUUUCUAAGGUGGGCCAUUUUGGUCAGUGGGAUUCUCUGGAGAGGUGGGGCAUUUUACAGAAAUCAAGGUAUGGAGAGCUCCAAUCAUGGGCUGUUUUUUUUUAAUUCUGGUGCUUGAUUGAGAAACAGUGCGCUUUUGUUUACACCACCCACCAUGCCUUACUCUGAAUUCCAUCAGAUGGCCAAGGGAAAGCUCGAUUCAACCAAAUUGAAGAUGAACAACUGCCCGACCGAUCUUUCUUUUCCGUCUGAUCAUGAAUUCCUCGAACUGUUGUGGGAGAAUGGUCAGAUUGUGAUGCAAGGUCAUUGCAGUAGGACUAGAAAGAGCUCCAUGUCACCUGGUGUUUCUUCAUCUCAUCACAGCGGGACAGUUCAAGAGAAAGACGUCGGCGAUGCUGUUUUUCCAAAGACGACGAGGUACGGAAGGCUGGAAUCUGAUGUGAAUGGCGUCUCAUCAUCAGUUCCUUCAGCCCCUGUUGGGAUGGCACAAGACGAUGAGAUGGUCCCAUGGCUGAAUUACCCAAUUGAAGAAUCUUUGCAGAAUGAUUACUGUUCAGAAUUCUUUUCUGAAUUAUCAGGCCCCAAUCUGAAAUCUCUGUCGGUGCAGAAUAGUACCGUUCCUGUUGAAGGAAAGGGCCGCUGCGGUCAGGUUAUUAGGGACACAAACAUAGUUUCAGCACAUGGCCGUGAGAAGCAAGAAAUUAGAAAGACAUUGAAAGCCGUUGGGAGUGACGCCUGGCCUGUUAGAAUUAGGAGCAGCCCAUUAUUUCUGUCGUCACAGCAACACCCAGCUUCAGACCCAAAACCUACAUCGAGAGCUUCAGCUUCCCUUGCCAAUUAUAACAAUAACACACAACAAGCACAUUGCAGGAAUUCAAGUCCGACUGAGACGCAGGUGGCGGCAGCUGGGAUGCUUAGUUCGAAGAUGCUGAAGAAAGAUCCAUCACCUACAAGGCCAUCGCAGCCUAGUAACAAUACCGGGUUGAUGAACUUCUCCCAUUUCUCAAGACCCGUAGCUCUUGUUAAAGCCAAUCUGCAGAGCAUUGGUUCUGCGGCUGUGGGCGCCUCAGGUGUAGAUAAGUUCAAGGGCAGUGACAAGGUUUCCGUCACCAGUAGUAAUCCCAUCGAACCUUCGGUGGUCGAGUCCAGUAGCUGUUUGCAAGGCACUGCCACAGGCCAACUAGUUUCAGUGCUGGCGAAGGUUGAUUUAAAGUCACCCAGUAUAACUCCCCAGGAGGUGGCCUCCGCCAAGAAGUCAGAAAAGGUUUGUCAGGAAGAUGAGCCCACGAAUCAUAGGUCCCCAGAUCACCUUUGUCAGAGUUCAAGCUUCGCAGCGAGCGUUGCUGAGGGACAGCUAGAGAGCGAAAAAGCUUUCAGGCCUGCAGCAGCAUCUUCUUCUGUAUGUUCAGGCAACAGUUCUGGGGGAAUGUUGAAUUAUACCAAACAUGGGCCGAAGAGGAAAUGUCGGGACAUAGAAGAGUCUGGAUACCAGAGCGAAGAUGCUGAUGACGAAUCUGUGGAUGUAAGGAAGCCGACUAAGUGCCCCAAGCGAAGCCGCGCUGCAGAAGUGCAUAAUUUAUCAGAAAGAAGGCGAAGGGAUAGGAUCAACGAGAAGAUGCGUGCGUUACAGGAACUCAUACCUAAUUGCAAUAAGGUGGACAAAGCUUCAAUGCUGGAUGAGGCCAUUGAGUAUCUGAAAACCCUUCAGAUGCAAGUACAGAUCAUGUCCAUGGGAACUGGGCUUUGUAUGCCUCCGAUGAUGUUACCUGCAGGAAUACAAAACUUACGUGGACCGGCAAUUCCUCAUUUCCCACACAUGGGUGUAGGGAUGGGAAUGGGCAUGGGUAUGGGUUUUGGGAUGGGAAUGCCUGACAUGGGCUGUUCCUCUAGCUACCCUUUGAUUCCAAUGCUCCAAAUGCAUGGCCCACAAUUCCCUUGCUCAUCGAUUCCAGGACCCACAAGUUUGCACGGGUUGCCCGCUUCGAGCCUUCAGAUGUUUGGAAUCCCAGGGCAAGGACUUCCCUUGUCUCUUCCUCGUGCACCCUUCAUUCCUUUGUCAGGGUUUGCAACAAAGCCACCUUCGGCGCCUGAUUUCUCAGUGGCAGCUUGUCCUAUGCCUGUUCCAGAUUCGGUUCCACCUUCAAGUUCAAAGGACCAGAUUCAAGACGUAAGCCUACAAACAAUGCAUAAAACAAACACUGAAUGCUUACAGACUCAGCCAUCAACUCAGACUUUGACUGAUGACCGUCCGUCCUAGAUCCCAUGAUCGGAGAACUUGAUGGGCAAUUGAGAUCGGUUCUUAAUUCAAUUUGUUCAUUUACACAGUUA